CGUAUUGUUAUUUUACGCCUUUUUCAUGUAAAUGCAUACAUUUAUUUCACGAGGAUCACUUUUAAAAGUUUUUAAAACGUGACGUUUUUUAAAUACAUUUUUAAGGCGGGAACGGGUCACAUUUGCGGUUCGAAUUCCCGCUGCGGAAUUUUAAAACGGCGGAUUCGUUGAGAAUUCCCUGUGUCCGACAAAGAUACGUUGCAGCUUAAAAAUAAAAUGAGUGUAGGCAGUUAAAGUGAAUAUUGUAAGUGAGAAUGGCAGCAUUCGAAGUGUUCAUUUUUGUUUUCCUGCUAGAAACUGGCUGUGCUAAUGUCCUAGAGAAAUAUGUCCAAGAGAACCGUCGCCUGGCCAAAGCUAUUGUGGAAGCGUUACAUGACCCCAGUUUCGACGAGGAACUGCUCUACGACCUGAAGAAGGACAACCAGGUGCACCUCAACCGCACCAUGUCGCUCCUCAUCAAAUAUAUCGUAAAAAGGGAGGUGGACAACUACAGGUCUAGACGUACGGAUGCCAUCAGCCGACGCAUAUAUUCGUCACUUAUCAUGAAACUUAUAGAUAUAGCAAAGGACCUUCCCCGUAACGAGAGCUCGGCGAGCCGCGUCGACACCGCGCACCGGUACUACAUGUCGGUGGAGAGCCGCGACAUGCACGACCAGAUGGCCGACAUGCAGGUGUUCCACGCCUGCGCCAGACUCUACGAUAUCAUGUUCACUGCACCGAGAAUUUUAUCUCAGCUGGGCAAACUGGACGAUCUAACACCGAGACUUCUGGUUCGAAAGCUUAAGGCUAUGGAGAUCAAGCCGGUGCACCUUGGGAUAAUUCUGCUUGUACAGUACCACCUCAGAAACACCGUGAACUUCGCCGUCAGAACCAAGGCCAUCGACGUACUGGCCACCAGGCCACAGAACGUGGGUCCUCAGGUGAUAGACAUGCUGAAAGCCCUCGCGUCCCGCCUUCUGCCCAUAUCAGAGUUACUGGACAUCCAUAUAGCUCACUACAGCCCCGCUUUUAAGGACACUAGCCCCUCUACGUGGCUGGGCAUUGUGAAUAAUAAACAGCCUUAACUUUUUUUACUUAUUAUUUAUAAUAUAAAAGGAAUCUUUAUUUUUAUGACCUCAAUGGUAUACCGGAAUAAUAUACUACCUUAUAUUCCUUAAUUGUGGAUUCGAUCCUCAUACAAUACAAACAUUCAUAUAUAUUAGUAUAACUAUUUAUUUAUUAUUAAUAUAUUAUAAGUAGUAUUUAUGUGUUAUAUGUGUAUUUCUUAUGUAUUAUUAUGUAUAAUUAUUUCAGUAUGUUGUUAUAAUUAUGUCAAAUAUUUUUCACCACAUCUGCCCUUCAUACACUUUCUGUUUUUACCCAAUGGUUAGCUGGUAGAGAAUGCCAUAUGGCAUUAA